CUAACUGAAUCUGCUUUCAUUACAAUGGAGUAUCUGAAGUAUCUGAUGCUGAUAUUUCUCAUGACACAGGGCUGUGGGGUUUCCUCACUGAGCACUCGUAUUGUGGGAGGUGAGGAUGCACCUGCAGGGAACUGGCCUUGGCAGGUCAGUCUACACGUUUUUGACCAUCACAUCUGUGGAGGAUCCCUCAUCAGCCAUGAAUGGGUGCUCACUGCAGCUCAAUGUGUUUACUUCUCACCCCCAGACAGUAACUGGACUGUUUAUCUGGGCAGACAGAGCCAAAACAUUUCAGUCUCUAACCCAAACGAGGUCAGUCGAGGAGUCCAAUCCAUCAUUACACAUCCAGACUACGACCCGGAUCAGUUCACCAAUGACAUCGCCUUGCUGAGAUUGAGUGAGCCGGUGAACUUUACCAGCUACAUCAGCCCAAUCCGCCUGGCUGCUAAUGACAGUGUCUUUCACAACGGCACCACCUGCUGGUCCACUGGAUGGGGAGAAACCGGCUUUGAAGGCGCUGAGUCCAGUUCUGGAACUCUGCAGGAAGUGAAAGUAAAUGUGGUGGGGAAUAAGGAGUGUGACUGCAGGUUUCAAGACAUCCAAUUUUGGGAUGUAAUCACUCCAACAAUGAUCUGUGCUGGAGGAGAAACAGGCAAAGGAACAUGUUUUGGAGAUUCUGGUGGUCCAUUACAGUGUGAGCAGGAUUCUGUAUGGAUCUUAGCUGGUGUCACUAAUUUAGGGAUUUCUUGCUUUGCUAAUAAUACACCUGACGGUUAUGCCAGAGUAUCUGAAUUCCAAAACUGGAUCUUGGAAAAUGUUAAUGGAUCAGACAUUGGAUUUGUGACUUUUAAAUCUGAUGGGGAAGAUAAGGACAGCAGCUUCCUGUGCAAUGGAGAAGAGACAGUUUCAGGCCUUUUCUACCCAUUUGGAAAUGGAGACAUAGAGAAUCCCUCUGAAGAUGAUGGAAGCUCUCCAAUAGUAUUCUUGGAAAAGCCCUUUGUAUAUUUUGGACGUGUUUAUCGACAGACUUAUGUUCAUAUCAACGGGCAUUUGACAUUUGAUGGGCCUCUUUCAGAGCCAGUACCCAAUUAUUUACUGUCGCAAGUCAACAGAGACAUUAUUGCUCCUCUUUGGACAAACAUGGACAACACUGUGAAUGGAACCAUCUCCUAUCGUCAGGUCACCAGAGGUGGACUCUUACUAGCAGCCUCAAACCACAUAAACCAGUAUUUUCCCAAUCUGAACUUCACUGCCUCAUGGCUAUUCAUUGCCACUUGGGAUAAAGUACCAUACUUUAACAACUCACAAUCGAGUUCAUCUUUUCAAGUUGUUUUGGUCUCUGGUGGCUCUCUGUCUUUUGUCAUGAUGAACUAUGGAAAUAUCUCCUCUACGAAUCAACACUUUCAGGCUGGCUAUGACACAAUAAACUCAACAAAUAAUUUUUCAAUCCCUGUGCCUGAUGAAAAUAAGCUGUCCAACUCCAGCAAUGUCAAUGUCCCGGGACGCUGGGCAUUCCGUGUUGAUGGUGGACCUGAAGAGGGAAUUUUCUACCCAUAUGGAGAUGAGGAUACAAAGAAUCCUGCAGAGGAUUUUGGAAGUUCUCCACUGAUCACCCUGGAGCAGCCAUUUGCCUACUUUGGGCUUGUUUAUAAUGAACUAUACGUGAAUAACAAAGGGUACCUGACUUUUGAAGGACCUUUUCACCAGUGGUAUCCCUAUUAUUUUCCUGCAAACUCGACUAGAGACAUCAUCGCUCCACUGUGGACAGACAUUGACAUUACACGCAAAGGAAUCAUCUCUUACCGUCAAGUAACAGAUGGUCCUCUAUUGAACCGGGCCUCUAGAGACAUAAACCAAUAUCACCCCAACUUGAACUUCUCUGCCUCGUGGGUUUUCAUUGCAACAUGGGAUAAAGUACCAUACUAUGGAUACAGGCGGACAGAGUCGACCUUUCAAGUGGUUUUGGUGUCUGGCAAAAACAUGUCAUUCACACUCAUGCACUUUGGUAAUAUUGCCCCAGCCAUAUAUCCUGUUACGUCUGGAUAUGACACAAGUGGAUCAACUGAUUUCUUUACAAUUCCUGUCUCUGACACCACAAACCUGUCUUACACCAGCAAUGUCAAUGUCAUGGGUCGAUGGGUAUUUCGAACUGGCACUGUAUCAGAAAACAAUGGAAUAUUCUACCCGUAUGGAGGUGUAGAUGAUGGGAAAAACCCACAGUCGGAUGAUGGAAGUUCUCCACUGAUCCCCUUGCGGCGACCAUUUCUGUACUUUGGCCGUGUAUAUGACAAAAUAUUUGUGAAUAAUAAUGGAGACCUGACCUUUGAUGUGCCACUUUCCCAGUGGAUUCCCAAUUAUUUUCCUGCAAACUCAACUAGAGACAUCAUCGCUCCACUGUGGACAGACAUUAAUAAUCGUGGAGGAGGAAACAUCUCUUACCGACAAGUAACUGAUGCUUAUCUCUUGAAACGGGCUUCAAGAGACAUAAACAAAUAUUAUCCCAACUUGAGGUUCUCUGCCUCGUGGGUUUUUAUUGCUACAUGGGAUAAAGUACCGUACUUUAGAAUGACAAACACAAGUUCAUCUUUUCAAGCCGUUUUGGUCUCUGGUGGCUCUCUGUCUUUUGUCAUGAUGAACUACAGAAAUAUCUCCUCUACGAAUCAACGCUUUCAGGCUGGCUAUGACACAAUAGACUCAACAAAUUAUUUUUCAAUCCCUGCGCCUGAUGCAAAUAAGCUGUCCAACUCAAGCAAUGUCAAUGUGACGGGACGAUGGGUAUUUCGUGUUGAUGGAAUAUUCUACCCGUAUGGAGAUGUAGAGGAUGAGAAAAACCCACAGUUGGAUGAUGGAAGUUCUCCACUGAUCCCCUUGCGGCGACCAUUUGUGUACUUUGGACAUGUAUAUGACAAAAUAUUUGUGAAUAAUAAUGGAGACCUGACCUUUGAUAAGCCACUUUCCCAGUGGUUUCCCAAUUAUUUUCCUGCAUACUCGACUAGAGACAUCAUCGCUCCACUGUGGACAGACAUUGAUAAUAGUAGGAAAGGAAUCAUCUCUUACCGACAAGUAUCAGAUGGUCCUCUCUUGAAACGGGCUUCAAGAGACAUCAACAAAUAUUUUCCCAACUUGAGGUUCUCUGCCUCGUGGGUUUUUAUUGCUACAUGGGAUGAAGUACCGUACUUUGGAAUGACGGACACAAGUUCAUCUUUUCAAGUUGUUUUGAUCUCUAGUGGCUCUCUGUCUUUUGUCAUGAUGAACUACGCAAACAUCUUCUCUACGAAUCAAUGGUUUCAGGCUGGCUAUGACACAAUAGACUCAACAAAUUAUUUUUCAAUCCCUGUGGCUGAUGCAAAUAAGCUGUCCUACUCCAGCAAUGUCAAUGUGACGGGACGAUGGGUAUUUCGUGUUGAUGAAAUAUUCUACCCAUAUGGAGAUGUAAAGGAUGAGAAAAACCCACAGUCGGAUGAUGGAAGUUCUCCACUGAUCCCCUUGCAGCGACCAUUUGUGUACUUUGGCCGUGUAUAUGACAAAAUAUUUGUGAAUAAUAAUGGAGACCUGACCUUUGAUGAGCCACUUUCCCAAUAUUAUCCUUAUUAUUUUCCUGCAUACUCGACUAGAGACAUCAUCACUCCACUGUGGACAGACAUUGAUAAUAGUAGAAAAGGAACCAUCUCUUACCGACAAGUAACAGAUGCUUAUCUCUUGAAUCGGGCUUCAAGAGAAAUAAACAAAUAUUUUCCCAACUUGAAGUUCUCUGCCUCGUUGGUUUUUAUUGCUACAUGGGAUGAAGUACCGUACUUUGGAAUGACAGAGACAAGUUCAUCUUUUCAAGCUGUUUUGGUCUCUGGUGGCUCUCUGUCUUUUGUCAUGAUGAACUACAGAAAUAUCUCCUCUACGUUUAAACACUUUCAGGCUGGCUAUGACACAAUAAACUCAACAAAUUAUUUUUCAAUCCCUGUGGCUGAUGCAAAAAAGCUGUCCAACUCCAGCAAUGUCAAUGUGUUGGGACGAUGGGUAUUUCGUGUUGAUGGUGGGCCUGAGGGAAUAUUCUACCCGUAUGGAGGUGUAGACGAUGAGAAAAACCCACAGUCGGAUGACGGAAGUUCUCCACUGAUCCCCUUUCAGCGGCCAUUUGUGUACUUUGGCCGUGUAUAUGACAAAAUAUUUGUGAAUAAUAAUGGAGACCUGACCUUUGAUAAGCCACUUUCCCAGUGGAUUCCCAAUUAUUUUCCUGCAUACUCAAUUAAAGACAUCAUCGCUCCACUGUGGACAGACAUUGAUAAUAGUAGGAAAGGAAUCAUCUCUUACCGACAAGUAUCAGAUGGUCAUCUCUUGAAACGGGCUUCAAGAGACAUAAACAAAUAUUAUCCCAACUUGAACUUCUCUGCCUCGUGGGUUUUUAUUGCUACAUGGGAUGAAGUACCGUACUUUGGAAUGACAAACACAAGUUCAUCUUUUCAAGCCGUUUUGGUCUCUGGUGGUUCUCUGUCGUUUGUCAUGAUGAACUAUGGAAAUAUCUCCUCUACGAAUCAACGCUUUCAGGCUGGAUAUGACACAAUAAACUCAACAAAUUACUUUUCAAUCCCUGUGGCUGAUGCAAAAAAGCUGUCCAACUCCAGCAAUGUCAAUGUGUUGGGACGAUGGGUAUUUCGUGUUGAUGGUGGGCCUAAGGGAAUAUUCUACCCGUAUGGAGAUGUAGAGGAUGAGAAAAACCCACAGUCGGAUGACGGAAGUUCUCCACUGAUCCCCUUUCAGCGGCCAUUUGUGUACUUUGGCCGUGUAUAUGACAAAAUAUUUGUGAAUAAUAAUGGAGACCUGACCUUUGAUAAGCCACUUUCCCAGUGGAUUCCCAAUUAUUUUCCUGCAUACUCGACUAGUGACAUCAUCGCUCCACUGUGGACAGACAUUGAUAAUCGUGGAGGAGGAAUCAUCUUUUACCGACAAGUAUCAGAUGGUCCUCUCUUGAAACGGGCUUCAAGAGACAUAAACAAAUAUUAUCCCAACUUGAACUUCUCUGCCUCGUGGGUUUUUAUUGCUACAUGGGAUGAAGUACCGUACUUUGGAAUGACAAACACAAGUUCAUCUUUUCAAGCCGUUUUGGUCUCUGGUGGUUCUCUGUCGUUUGUCAUGAUGAACUAUGGAAAUAUCUCAUCCUCGAAUCAACGCUUUCAGGCUGGAUAUGACACAAUAAACACAACAAAUUAUUUUUCAAUCCCUGUGGCUGAUGCAAAAAAGCUGUCCAACUCCAGCAAUGUCAAUGUGACGGGACGAUGGGUAUUUCGUGUUGAUAGCGGGCCUAAGGGAAUAUUCUACCCAUAUGGAGAUGUAGAGGAUGAGAAAAACCCAAAGUCGAAUGAUGGAAGUUCUCCAUUGAUCCCCUUGCUGCAGCCAUUUGUGUACUUUGGCCAUGUAUAUGACAAAAUAUUUGUGAAUAAUAAUGGAGACCUGACCUUUGAUGAGCCACUUUCCCAGGGGAUUCCCAAUUAUAUUCCUGCAUACUCGACUAGAGACAUCAUCGCUCCACUGUGGACAGACAUUGAUAAUAGUAGGAAAGGAACCAUCUCUUACCGUCAAGUAUCAGAUGGUCCUCUGUUAAAUCGGGCUUCAAGAGACAUCAACAAAUAUUUUCCCAACUUGAACUUCUCUGCCUCGUGGGUUUUUAUUGCUACAUGGGAUAAAGUACCGUACUUUGGAAACAGUAAAUCAGAGUCGACCUUCCAAGUGGUUUUGGUGUCUGGAAAAAACCAUUCAUUUACACUCAUGCAUUAUGAUCAAAUCACCUCCACCUAUGCUGUAGAGUCCGGCUAUGACACAAAUUACUCUACUAAUUUCCUUUCAAUUCCUGUUUCUGACAUCACAAACCUGUCAUGCACAAGCAAUGUCAAUAACAUGGGUAGAUGGGUAUUUCGUGUCGACAAUUCAUCAGAAAGAAAUGGAUUUUGUGGCAGAACUAACCCUCAAGCAUCAAAUAAUCUUCCCACCGCUCAGGUGUGUGGAAGAACCACAUUUACCACCAGCAGCGGGAUAGUAGGAGGUCAGAACGCUUCAGCUGGACGCUGGCCAUGGCAGGCUAGCAUUCUUCUGAAUGGCAGUCACUUCUGUGGAGGUUCCCUCAUCAACAAAGAGUGGGUGCUGACCGCUGCCCACUGUGUUGAUAGUUUUUCCAUCUUUUCUUUAACUGUGGUUUUGGGGCGUCAGACCCAGAACGGCUUCAACCUCAAUGAAGUGUCCAAAAAUGUGAAACUAAUCAUCAAACAUCCCAGUUACAACAGACAUACGAAUAACAAUGAUAUCGCUCUGCUCAAAUUGAGCUCUCCUGUCACCUUCACUGAUUACAUCAGCCCCGUGUGUCUAGCAGCUGAUGGCAGUGUGUUUAACAACGGCACAGACAGCUGGAUCACUGGAUGGGGAAACAUUAGUCGAAGAGAGUCCCUCCCGUCCCCUAAUGUUCUACAGGAAGUGGAGGUUCCUGUAAUUGGUAACAGACAGUGCAACUGCCUCUAUAGAGUUGGAAAUAUAACAGACAACAUGAUCUGUGCUGGUCUACUAGGGGGAGGCAAGGACUCAUGUCAGGGAGAUUCAGGAGGUCCGAUGGUGAGCAAUCAGAGCUCUGUAUGGGUCCAGUCCGGUAUCGUUAGCUUUGGGAUUGGCUGUGCUCGACCUGAAUAUCCCGGUGUUUACACCAGAGUAUCCCGCUAUCAGGAAUGGAUCACCUCCUUCAUGUGCAGCGAUCCUCCAGGUUUUGUGCAGUUUACCUCCACUGGAACAGAUUUUGACAACAAUUACACCUGUCCUGAUCCUCUCCCUUCUUCCACAACAAUAGAUAAAGAAACAAAUAUUCCAUCUUCUGCAACAUCUCUUCUACAAAUCUCUUUGAUAUCAUUUUCUCUAUUUUUUAUAGCAAUUUUUUUUAUUUUUGUUUUUUAUCAUUUUUUCGGCAAGAAAGCAUGCAGUGCUUUUAAAAGGUUCUUUUCCAGUGGUAGAAAGAUUACUGAAAACAUUUACUCAAAUAAAAGUACCGUUACAUUCAAAAAAAUGUAGUGUGAGUAGAGUAAAAAGUAUUUGUCCAAAAAACUACUUGAGUAAGAGUAAAAAGGUAGCUUAUUUCAAAAGUACUCAUGAGUAGUAAGUACUGAGCUGUGGAUUCUACCCCCUUAUAAUAAAUACUGUACACUACAAUUUAAAAAUGUAGAAAACAUCGUACAUACUGUAAUUCACAUUAUCUUUUGUAGUUUGUCAGAAAGAUUAAAGAAUAUCUAUCAUCCUUUUUUUUUUUUUAAAUGUAUCAAAACAACACGGAAAGACUAGUAUAGAGAUGAGAAGAUGAAAGUUAUUCUCAGUUCACUUAACACCAUAUUCAUUGUUUAAAAAAAAAAAAAAAAAAUUUACAUUUUAAAAUAUAUUACAAUUGAAAGCAGUUAUUGUCUUGAUUUUACAAUAUUUUGUUUUUUUCUUGAUUAAUCUUACACAAUGUUAAUUAUUCCCUGACUUUUAAGUACUUGUAAAUAAUAAUUAAUUUCUUUUAUCAUGUAUCUCAUCAACUUCUAUAUACUGGGGUUAUGACAAUUUGUUAUCUUUUACUGCUAUAAAUAUAUAUGCAUGUUAUAUGCGGAUGCAUGGUGUGUUUCACAAAUCACAAAGAUAUAUAUUUGUUUUACUGGAUACUGAUGUAGCAAUAUAAUUUGUCACAGUCAGUUUUGUAUUCUGUUGAGGUUUUUCCAAAUAUAUCACAUAUAAAUGUCAUUUCAGUUUAUUAAGUGCAUUUUAAACUUUUUUUUAAAAAGGGUUUUAAGUUUUUGCUAUUUUUAAGAAAGAGUUGUUUGACAUCUGGGUGGGCUGAUUUGUUGCAUUGUAGCACAAAAUUAUCUUUAUCUUUCUCUUUAGUCUGUAUCCUUUUAUUAUUUGAAAAAAAAUAAAUAUAAGUUUUAAAGAUAUGUACAAUGAAAAUAUGUAAUACACUUUGUUGUUAUGGUGGUAUACUUCCUCUAAUUGACAUUAUUUCUUUUUUGAAAAAACUUUGUACGUUUUUGUAAGUUAAUGUAUCUUUAUAUAUGAUAAUUGCCAAAAAAAAAUUAAUAAUAAAUAAAAUUGGAAAAUGCAAAGAAAGGAAUUUUGGAUUUCUUUACUGUGGUACAACCAUUAGUUUCACAAGUUGUCUGAUGAGAUUGAUCUGUUUGAGCAAUAUUUCAGUUUCUUCCUCAACACAUUGCAUGUUAUCUGGCUAGCUGACUUGCACUGCCUUCUCUUCUCAUCUCAAAUAGUUAUCCUCACACUUCCUGGGGUUUGUCAGGAUACUGAUGUUUCAGUAAUUAAUAAAAGUCUACUUAAAAGUGGAGCCCAUAUAUACUAUAAAAGUGUAUACUAUAUACAUUUUACUUUAAUGCAUUUUCUUAUUUAAUUUUAUCAAUUUGAUUAUAUUACAUUUUUUUACACUUUUUCUCUAAACUUUUACACGGAGCCCCCAGCACUCCCUUGCGGACCCCAGUUUGAAAACCCCUAAUAAUGCCUGUUUGUU